UGUUCGCCUCUCAUUGUCUGCUCUUUCCUGUAACUGCACUUUCUGUUGACGCCAAGUUUACUUCUACCCCAGCAGCUUAUCUUACUUUUAUUUUUUCGAUAAUACUUGUGAUAUUUUUCGGUGGUUUAGCAGUUUUUUUGGUUUACCGAAAACAAGAUUUUUCUAAGGAUACCGAAGAAUUUAUAACGGCACGCAGAAGUAAAGGCAGAUGGAAAAUUGCUUGGAGUAUCUAUGCUUCAACACUAGGGGCUUGGGUUUUGUCAAUGCCUCCGAGUUAUUCUUUUAACUCUGGGUUGCUGGGCUGCUUUAUGUACGCGUUUUCCUCUGCUCUUCCGGUUCUACUCAUUGCUUAUUAUGGAGAUAAAAUAAGAGAACAGUUUCCAAAAGUUUUAUCUCUAAGCGACUAUGCGAAACUUCGAUUCGGCCUCAUUACUCAAGUGGCUGUAGUUAUUAUAUCCCUUUUUAAUAUGUCUCUUUUUGCUGUGGCUGAACUCUCCACUAUUUCCAGCAUAUUUUCAGAAUUUGUGGGCUUAGGCUCUUAUGACUUCUUUGUUGUCUUGCUCAUCUCGGUGACUACUCUGACUUACACCGCCUUCGGUGGGUUGAAGACUUCCAUCGAAACAGAUAACAUCCAGGCAACAUGCAGUGCGGUCUUAUUUGUAGUGCUCACGGUUUAUGUGGUGGCCACUUUUCGAGUAAGCAAGCCACUCUGGAACGAUACCGCAAAGGGGACUACUAAAAGCGGCUUUUCGAGUAUUUUGACAAUGCCCCUGUCAAUGGUGACCAGCACCGUUUUUUCAGAGGUGAUAUGGCAGCGUGUGUGGGCUUCAGAAACGCGUGGUUCCCUGUUUCUAGGUGCCGCCGCGGCUGCACUUUUGGUGGCUUUUGUGGUACUUGUUUCGGGUGUAUUCGGAAUUUUAGUUCUUGUUGCCAGAAGAACUUCUCUUGGAAAAAACAAUGAUAAUAUUCUCAUUUUCUCCGCUGUAAAUUCGGAAUACUACCUCAAUUUAGGGGAGAAACAGCCUAUCGUCCGGUCAGCGAUAGGCGCCCUGGUGGUUAUUAUGGGCGUUAUUAUGAACGAGUCGGCCAUUGACAGCAUUCAGAAUGCUCUCGUCGCCUCAAUUUCCGGCUCUAUGGCCUCUUAUUCGUCUAAAUUGCAAGACUUGAAGCUUACAAGGCGGCAUUUCCGCUGGCUUUGGGAUUUUGCAACUGUUUCCCCCUCUCUCAUGGACUUAACGAUUUUAUUCCAGUGGCCUCUUUGGUUAUCAGUUUCCUUUGCAGUUCCGUGUACGGGAUCUUCAUUGGUUGGUCGGGCGCGCUGACAGGAUUAGAAAACCUCAGAAACGGUCUGAAACUUACUUUUUACGAUAAUAAUUACUCGUGGGAUUUUUUUCUAGUGACCUUCCUUGCAUCCGUCGGUUCAACUUUGGGAUUGCUGUAUUGUCAGAGGCUUCUACUAUCUUUUAAGACUUCAAGACGGGCGCAAUCAAUGGAAUGAAAAACUCAAGGGCGCCCCACCCCGUUCACUAUUGCGUGUGGCUGAUUCUGAAAUAGCGGACAUUAGCUUCGUGUUUUUUGCUUACUGCUACCGCUUCUUUCCACCUCCUAUUUGCAGUUAUAAGACUUUUAUGCCCCUUUUGCGGUUUCAUUUUGGAUCGUUCGAGA